AUGGCAGCCCCCGACGCCGCAACGACCAACCCGCGGGGCAUCCCGGUAUUCCCAUUCAUGAGCAAUGUUUCAGACUACGUGAAAUCGAUCGACGACGUCGAAUCCACACUGACACGCUUCCAAGAGAUGGUGUCGAAAUACACAUUCAUGCAGCAGAACGUCGAGCGGCGCGGGGCGGGGCUGCGCGAGAAACUGCCCGAGAUGAAGCGGACGCUCGAGGUGGUCAAGUUCCUCAAGAAGAAGCGGAAGGACAUUGCGGAGAAGAAAGCUACCGGCGAAGGAGGGGACGAUCUGGUGGACGACGAUGAGGAAGAGGGAACCCCCAAAGGGACAGCAGACGAGAUCGAGACGACGUUUAGUCUGCAGGACACGCUGUAUGCUAAGGCCAAGAUCCGGCCCGCGGAGAUCGACGACGUCUACCUCUGGCUCGGCGCGAAUGUCAUGGUGGCGUAUCCGCUCGACGAGGCCGAGGAGCUGCUGCAGGCGAAGCUGGACAAGGCCAAGGAGAGCGCCAAGGCCGCAGACGAGGAUCUCGAGUUCCUGCGCAUUCAGAUCACGACGCUCGAGGUCGCGGUCGCGAGGGUCCAUAAUUGGGACGUCGCCGAGAAGAGACGUUUGAGGGCGGAGGGCAAGUUGAAGGAUCCGGAUGCAGAUGCAGGGGACAAGGAAUAA